UUGUCCUUUGCUUCUUCAUAAAUUUGUUUAGUUAAUAAGAUGAAUGUGACUGGCAAAUUGUGUCAAUUGAGACAAGCAUUGCAAAAUUGCAGGAAUUUAUGCACUACACACAUAGCUAAAAAUGCAUACGAAGCUCCUGGUAAAACCACUGUUACAUUUAUCAGUAAAGAAAUUGGUCAGCGACUGUUAGUGAGUAACUGUGAUCAGCUUGGAUUCACAUUGAAUACUGGAAACAAAGUAAUAGGUCCAACAGUACUCUUUCCAAGAUAUGCAAUCUGUUGGAACAUUGCCUCUGGUAAACACAUAAAUGAUGCGUCAUUGUCACUAUUCACCAUUCUCCGACCAAAACCGGAUCUCUUGAUCAUCGGACUGGAUGAUAAAUACGAUUUUGCCCAUUUAAAGUAUCUCCGAGAACUCGUACAGAAGCUCGAUAUUAUGACUGAAAUAGUUUCUGUGCAUACUGCAUGCACGAUAUUUAACUUUGUCAAUGAAGAGGGUAGAUAUGUUGUUGCAGCUUUGAUACCACAGAAAGGACCUACAGUCCGAAUAAAACUACCAAAAAGUGAACCUCAGAAACAAGUGACAUCUGACACUGCAAAUAGCAAAGCAGACAAUGCAAAAAAUACAAAAUGAUAGAAUGUACAUAGGAUAUAAAUUUGACAAUUUUAGGAAAAGAAAUUAUGAUAAUAUUAUCUUGUAUAAUAUUGUAUAAAAUAAUAACUUGAUUUCUGUACCAUGUACAUGAUGACUGUAAUAAAAUAUUAGAUUCGUUAAUUUUAA